AUGAAAACCCAGAAAUCCCUUUCCUCAGCGACAUCCUACAGCUCGUUCCAGAGGAUCCAAAGGCCUCCCAGUGAGAUACGCCCGGAAAACCCCCAAAGGGUGAUGUCCAAGGGCAAACUUGUGGAUCCUGCUGCAUCAUCCUGCACAGAAGGUGAUUAUCUGCCAAGAUUUCUGACUCCAACUCCAGAACACGGAGCUCAGUUCUACAGUCCAGUCAAUCAGGCUGUUAAGAUCAACAUCAGAGCAGCAACAACUCAUUAUCUGAUCACUGAGCUCCUCUACAGCGGGCCGUACAAUGUAGUCAAGAGCUCUUCUGGAUCAGGGAACUUCUCUCUGACCUGGACACCAUCUGCAGGAGAAGAUGGACAGAGCCACCCCAUCUGCUUUGUGGUCCAAGCAAGUUCUGUGUACCAGUCUGAGCUUCGAUGUGUUAUUGUGACGGUUGGAAAACCUCCAAGAAAAACUUACCGUACUGUUAUGAAACUGAACAUCUCGACUGCACUGUCACCGAAAGACGAUCAUGACAAAAUCCUCCAAGCGAUGAAGGAUGAACUGAUUGCAAAAGGGUUCCCACCAGAUAUAACCUUACAUCUGCUGAGCAUGACUUCUGAGAAAGAUUUGCCCCCCAGGGCUAAACCAUGAAAAACUCUAGAGUUCUUUCAUUUAUUCUCUCCCCUUAACCCAUGGUUUUCUAAAUGCGGCUCAGGGUCCAUUGGCUGCUCUUUUAAUUAUUUUUUGCAGACCAUGAUCUCAAUUCAAGUGUCGUACAAAUUUGCCAUCACAGGUAGAAUAGAGAAAGUACAUUUUUAAAUAUUUUUUGUGAUAUUUUGACUGAUAAAAUUCUUCAGUACAAAAAGUAUGAUUAUUUUAAUAACCCAGUUAUACUGUAAAAGACUAAUUGAAUGUGGCUUUUCUAAAAUCACAUCAAAUAUAUAAAUUUAGAAGAGCCCCGCGCGCAUGUGCCACGGCCAUGUUAGAUUCGACAAACAUUACAUUCGGUCUAUCGUGACCAUAUAAAGAGUUUAAAUA